GAGCGUCGUCUCCAGCUCGUAUGCUCGGCGGCCCCGGCGGCUAGAGCGUCCUCCUCUCGGGGAGCCGCGUGUGACCUUCCCGCCCGCGGACCGAUGCUGCCGCCGGCCGCUCGCCCCCUUUGGGGGUCGUGUCUCAGGCUUCAGGGCGCUGCGCUCCGUCUCGCCAGGCAACAGGUGCCCCGCGUCUGCGCCGUGCGGCUGAUGAGAUGCAGCAGCCAUCGGAUGGGGGAGGCCCUCGCCGGUGCACCCCUGGAUAACGCCCCCAAAGAGUAUCCCCCCAAGAUCCAGCAGCUGGUCCAGGACAUCGCCAGCCUCACACUCCUGGAGAUCUCAGAUCUCAACGAGCUCCUGAAGAAAACACUGAAGAUCCAGGAUGUUGGACUCAUGCCGAUGGGUGGCGCGAUGCCCAGUGCUGCCCCUGCCGCAGCAGCCCCCGAGGCAGUAGAAGAAGAGAUCCCCAAACAGAAAGAACGGACACAUUUCACUGUCCGCCUAACGGAAGCAAAGCCCGUGGAUAAGGUGAAGCUGAUCAAGGAGAUCAAGAACUACAUCCCGGGCAUAAAUCUCGUCCAGGCAAAGAAGCUGGUGGAGUCCCUGCCCCAGGAAAUUAAAGCCAACGUCGCCAAGGCAGAGGCGGAGAAGAUCAAGGCAGCCCUGGAGGCGGUGGGUGGCACCGUGGUUCUGGAGUAGGCCGCUUUGAGGACUGGUGGACACGGGUCCCUGGGACCUGGGUGAGGCCCCACCCGCCACACCCCCAACAUCCGGGAUCUGCUCAGAACUGCGGCACUGGCACACCUUGGCCAACUCUGGAUGGACCUGCUGGGAUGGGGGCCGUGGCUCCUGUGUGAGCACCAGGGAGGUGGACUCUAGAACAUACCACGGUCAACAUGCACCCCCUGGUGGCCACUGAGAAAAAUACAUUGUUCGGGUGCGGUGUGUGCAGAGUGGUGUGUCUAGGUGGGCUGCCAGGCGGGUGGCGUGUAGCUGGCUAGGAUGGCCAUCUGGGGGGGCAGGGCUCCUUCCUGGCCCCCUCACCCCUCAGCGGGAUGUGUGAGGGGCGGCCACCACCUCCAGGUCCUCUGUGCAGGGGCCUGACCUCCCAGGGCUGGCAGCAGCACCAGUCCUGCCUGGGCAGCAACAGCUGGCACGUGACUGAUGCCAGAUGUCACCUAGGAGGUGGGUUUGGGGCACCUGUGAGGGUCUUUAGCAGACUGAAGCAGGAGAUGAGGCAUUUGCAGGCCCCCAUGUAUCCCCCCCCGCCCCCGCCCUGGUCCUGUUGGAAGAAUAACCUGCAGGAACAGGGCUGCGGGACCAGAAGGGGACAUUGCAUCUGGGAGUGCCCAGCCUGGGCCCUUAGGACAGGCCUGGGGAGCUGGUGUGCUCCCGGGUGGGCGUGCCCAGCCCAGGACUUGAAGGGCCCCCAGAGGAUGUGCUUCCUGCCGAGCCUCCUUGUUGAAAGGCUGCUCCCUGACCCAGAGAGCCCCACUGGCCAAGUCUGUGGCCCUGGGCAGUCCCUAAGGAUUAAUGAUUUACCAUCAGCUGGGCGUGCCUCCCCCCAAGGAAGGUGACUGCUGGGCCUCCUGGGGCGGGUAUCCUGCUGACCCAGCUGCCUCUUCUGGGGGAAGAAUGUGGUCUGAACUCAGGGACAGCUCUCAGCCUAGGCCUUCUUCAGGUGAUCUACAGAGUCUGCAUGUUCUAGGGGAGUUGAGGUGAUGAUUAGGACCCCCUGUUCUGUGUUGGACAUCGUAGGGGUGGCUGCUCAGAAGUACAACUGGUGCCAUACCCCACGGCCUUCAGGCCCUCAUUCUGCCUGCCUGGCGUCGCCGUCCCUGAUGGUGCCUCCCUCCAUCCCCCUUCCCCCCACCUCUGGGCUUGAUCUACUCUGGUCUGCAGUUGGCCAAUAAAGUUGUGUCUCCGACCUGGC